GUGCUCUGAUUGGUCCACCGGGCUGUCAAUCAUCGCUGUUUACAUCAAACGUUGCGAGAUGGAAUUUCCCAGGUUACAGCAUAGACCAGCAGACCACUUCCGCAAUACAUGUCUGAGCAGAGAGAGGGACGAGAGGCCACUGCGAGCUGAAAGUUCAGAGGACCAUGUAUAGAAAGUGAGCAGCAGCAAUGGAAGGCAAGGGCCCGUACCGCAUUUAUGAUCCAGGAGGGAGCGAGGUCAAGGCCAGGGAAGAGGGUGGAGUGGGAAUCAACUAUCGACAGCUACUGGAGGAGAACAGCAUGCUACGGGAGCGGAUGAAGGGACUGAAGAGCUUAGGUGAUUUGCUGGAAGAGUCUCAAUCAGAGGCAUCGAGGCUUCGGCAGAGAGUGGAGGAACUUGUGAGAGACAACGAGGCCCUCAAGUCCUCCAGCUUUGCAGCCAGUCUGUGCGUUGGAGGGCCCAUUCAGAGUGAGACACACAGUAAACCCUGUUUACACCCCACUGCAGAGCAGAAGGAGGAGCAAACAAGCUGUCUGGGGAAGACCCUUCAGCCUGAGAAGCCCAGUGAGACUUCACCAGAGUUUGAGGUUGUGAAUAUGGAUGGGCAGACUACAGAUGCACUGACUGCCGGCUCAGCGGCAGGAGUAAUCCCCCUCCUGCCUCAAGAAAAUAUCGAGUUAGCAAGCCAGCUGAAGAGACUGGAGAGCUCCUUCAGCAUAUUCGCAGAGGAGUCCAACCCAAACCACCUGUUGGCUCACCUCGGACGAAUGGCUGUGGAGUUUCACCAUCUUUCCUCAAAGGUCCAAAAGAAUGAACAGAGGACCUCUCUCCUACAGACUCUGUGCGAGCAGCUCAGGCAGGAGAACAAUGAGCUUAGAAAGAAAAUGGAAGAGGAUCAUCAUAUCAGGAAUCGAGACUUGGAACAGCUGAGACAGGAGAAUCAGAAACUAAAGGAGCUGGUUACAGGUGGAGCAACAGCAGCAGGAUUAUCUGUAGCACCAUCGGACACCGAAGUUCCAGAGGCCAAAGAGGAGCCUAUGAAGGAGGAAUCAGCCGCUGUCAGGCCGAAGAUGGAGGCCACCACGCCGCAGAAGAGUGGAAAAGCUGCAGAGAAAACCCCAACUAAACCUUGUGAUGUAGAGGUGUAUGAAAAGAAGAUCAAGCUUUUGGAGAAGCAGAGAAAGGAUGUACUGGAGGUGAACAAGCAGUGGGACAUUCAGUGGAACUCCAUGAAGUCACAGUUUGAACAGAAGAUCACAGACCUCAGACAACGGCUUGCUGAGUCCCAGAAAACCGUGCUUGAGCUGGAGGCAGAACGUGAGCAGAGGCAGCGUGACUACGACAAGAAGCUGCUACUAGCCAAGUCCAAGAUUGAAAAUGUACAGGGGGAGAAGGAGUGCCUCAACUCUGAGACCACUGAGCUGAAGCAGAAGAUUCGCUACCUGCAGGAUCAGCUGCUGCCCCUCAGCAAACAGAGGGAGUACCAGGAGAAGGAGAUCCAACGCCUCAACAGGGCUUUGGAGGAAGCCUUAAAUCUGCAUUCUCCGUCAUCCUCCCAACAACCACCUGGCCAGGGUAACUUUGCUGAUGCAGCCAAUAACCUAAAGAAACAGGAACUGCUCACUCAAAUUGCUGUACUAAAAGAACAGGUGAAGAUCUUUGAGGAAGACUUCAGAAAAGAGAGGAGUGACAGGGAGCGAAUGAAUGAAGAAAAAGAGGACCUGAGGCGGCAAGUGGAGAGACUCCAGGGUCAGAUUACUAAUUUGACCAAUCAGCUUCAUCAGGCACAGAAUGAGUGUCAGAGAGAGCGUACAGAGAGAUGUAAGCUGGAGAGACUGCAGAUGCAGCAUCACAAACAGGGGCAGCAGCAGGAAAGACGUACCUCAGACCCCACGUCAGGCUCAGUGAACGGCCCGCUGAGCCCUCCCUACUGUGGUCCCUUUGUGCAGGUGGGACCGCAGGGCCUUGAGGGCUGGCCCAUACACUUCCCUCCCCGGAUGCCCAAUGCAGCAGGCGCCACAGCCGCAGCCGCCGCAGCACCGCCCCCUGUACGAGACUUCCAGCCUGUUACCCCGGGUUUUCCUUGGCAGUCGUCAUUCCCGCAGCCUAGAGGGGCCAGAGCAGUAGGAGAGAGUUCAAGACCACCGCCAGAGAAUGCAGAUCAGUCUGCAGCCGCUGCAGGUGCAGGAUUUGGAAAAAGGGAGCGACAGAACAUAGACCCUGGAAAGCACUAAAGUAUCACCAUACCCACCAAAUGGAGUCUGGGUAGUAGCAUGAAAUCAGUUUGUGUUUGAGUUGACAAGGUGUGAUUUGAUCUAUAAUUUUCCUACUGAGCUGUAGAUAUCCUAUUGUAAUGUUGUUUAUACUUGCGUUUUAUAAGGCUAUUUGUGAAACACUUGGCUAUUCUGAAUAUAUACACAUUGAAAUAUUUAGAUUUUUUUUUUUUAUCAGAAACUGAUAAAAAUAGGUUGGAAUAAUUAACAUCAUUCUUUUUCCAGAAAAUAUGCCUGUGAUUGUCUCUACAACUGUAACGACUUGACACUUGGUUUGUUACUUGUAGGGUUACAGCAAGCCAUUCCCCAGUAUGACUAAGACUACAGACACUCAUUCCAACAAUGAAUGAUUAUAUAGGUACAUUUAAUUGUAGAAUUUACAAUGUGAAUUGUCCCAUGUGUGUAACUGUUCAAAAGUGGCUGUUGAAAUACAAAAAUUUUGGGAAAUGAAUUUUGAUGGUAUCAUACCAAAAACAUGAUUGUGAUUGAUAAUUUAUUUAUAACCUGCCGUUUUGAUAGUUGCAUUGACUAAGUGUAAAUCAUUGUCUUUAGUAAUGCUGUUCUUUCUAUGUUGUUAGUGUAAUCCAAAUAUUGUAUUGUAGCUAUUGACAUUGUACGUUUGUAUCAGACACAAUACACGAUGCACAAUACAUACACAACCUUUUUUUCCCCCAUGAUGAUGGACCUAAUCUCAUUAAACACAGCACUUCUACUUUACCACUCUCAUUAUGAUAUUCAUAGUCAUUUACUGCGUCCUGUACUAUUGCCCUCAGUUUAGCCCCGACAUACGCCUAGAAGUUACAACACCAAAAUGUUUAGGCAGCAGCAAUGGAAGUCUUCCUCUUUAUUCUGUUAUUUCAUGUUGCGUAAUCAGUGCAACUGUUAACAACUAGUACUGAAAGAUUCAAGUUCUGCUCAAGCAACACAGUGGAAGACUUUCCAUCAGUAUUCGGAGGCCUUAGAUCCAGUGUUACAGCAGUACAGCCACUCCUUGGAGGAAAACCUCUGCCAGGAUGCCUGGCUUUGUUCUCCGUCUUCUUCAACCAGCAAUCCAUGCCGACUGACCUGUGAACUGCUGUAACACAAAGUCAAGAGCCCCGACAACAGACACAGGAUCCACGCUUGGAGACAAUGUGUUACCAUUUUAAAAAGGCAGAUCCCAUCUCAAGUCAAGCCAGUGUUUUAACUGAAUACCCAUCAAAACUCCUUAGCUUAGUGUUUAUCAGGUAGUCAGAUGAAGGGCUUGAAAAAUGUGUGUAGAUGAAAUUGAAAAAGGCUCCAUUUUAAUCAAACCAGUUACUGGGAACAAUCCUGAUGGGCGAGAGCUGAAAUGAGAAAAUAGUGGAAUUGCACUUUGAAAAAGGUAUGCUGUAAUUAUUGGCAGUUGUAUUUUCUUGGUUUAUAUCCCUUUUUCUUGCUGUAGGCAAAAGCACAUGUGAGACUUUUUGUAUUUGACUGGCUUAAUAAAUCUAUUCUAAAUGUC